AUGACAAGACCAGGAAGUCAGGGACCGGAGAGCCAGGGAGAUCAGCAGAUGGUGGAAUCUGUCCUGUUCCCAGAGUUGAAAGGCUAUAAUCUGAUUCUUGGAACCAUUAACACUGAAGAAAAACUAGUUUCUGAUUUUGUGGAUCAAACCUUUGAGGUGUAUCAGAAAAAUCAAGUUGGGCCCCACAAAUACUUAAAUGUAUACAAAAAGUAUGAUGACUUAUUGGAUAACAUGGCAGAACAAAACAUCACCGCGUUCCUGAAAGAAAACCAUGAAAUUGAGGAUUUUGUGACGAGGAUCAGUAGCAUCAAAAAGCGGAGAAAUGAAAUUGCAUCCAUGCACAUUACCGUGCCUUUGGCCAUGUUCUGCCUUGACACCAUGACCCUAAAUUAUGACCUCUGUGAACGAGCCCAAAAUCUUAAAGACCGUCUGAUUCAAUUCCAAGUGGACGUAAACCGGGACACCAAUACCAGCAUUUGUAAUCAGUACAACACCAUCGCAGAUAAAGUCAGUGAGAUUCCUGCCAACACUGAGGAGCUGGUAUUCCUCAUUGAAUUCUUAAAGAAAUCCAGUGAUGUCACAGUGUUCAAACUCAGGAGGCAACUUAGAGAUGCAAUUGAACGGUUAGAGUUUCUGAUGGACUAUGCAGACUUGCCCCACGAGGAUAUCAAGUUGAACAGCACUGUGCUCCUCUGGCCAGACCAGAUUGAAGAUAUCUUUGAAAACAGCCGAAACUUCCUCCUUAACAAGAGGGAUCAGGCCGAGAUGGACCUCAUUAAAAGGUGCUCAGAAUUUGAGACGCAACUUGAAGGCUACAACAAGGAACUGGAAGGGUUUAGGAAACGUGAAGUGAUGAACACAGAAGAAAUGAAGAACAAUGUUGAAAAGCUUAACGAGCUUUCAAAGAACCUAGAUCAAGCACUGAUGGAAUUUGAGUUGAUCAAUAAGGAGGAGGAACUGUUGGAAAAGGAGAAGAGUACCUUCCCUCUCCUGCAAGCCUUGAUGACCAACAAAGUGCCUUAUGAGCAGCUGUGGCUGACGACAUACGAGUUCAGCAUCAAGUCAGAGGAGUGGAUGAACGGACCCCUCUUUUUGCUGAAUGCUGAGGAGAUCUCCGAGGAAAUAGGGAAUAUGUGGAGAACGAUAUAUAAAUUGACCAAGACCCUACCUGAUGUACCUGCACCCAGGCGGUUAGCAGAGAAUGUGAAAGUCAAGAUUGAAAAAUUCAAGCAGCACAUCCCCAUCCUCAGCAUCUCCUGCAACCCAGGAAUGAAGGACCGGCACUGGCAACAGAUCAGUGAGAUUGUCGGCUCUGAAAUAAAACCCACAGAAACAACUUGCCUCUCAAAUAUGCUGGAAUACGGGUUCGGCAAAUUCGUUGACAAGUUCUUCUUCCUGUCAAAUGAUGAGCUGCUGGAGAUCUUGUCAGAGACAAAGGACCCCCUCCGCGUGCAGCCACAUUUGAAGAAGUGCUUUGAAGGAAUUGCCAAGCUAGAAUUUACAGACAAUCUGGAGAUUGUGGGCAUGAUCAGCUCAGAAAAAGAAACCGUUCCAUUCAAACAGAAAAUCUACCCAACUCAAGCCAAAGGCAUGGUGGAAAAGUGGCUCCAGCAGGUGGAGAAGAUGAUGAUUGCCAGUAUGCAGGAGGUUAUUAGACUUGGGAUUGAAGCAUAUGUCCAGUUCCCUCGUAAUCAGUGGGUCUUGCAGUGGCCUGGCCAGGUGGUUAUCUGCGUCUCCUCCAUCUUUUGGACCAAGGAGGUGUCCCAAGCCCUGGUGGAAAACACCCUACCAGAUUAUCUGAAAAAGAGCAACAAUCAGAUUGCACAAAUUGUCCAGCUGGUGCGAGGGAAGCUGAGCAGCGGGGCUCGACUCACCCUCGGGGCCCUCACGGUCAUCGAUGUCCACGCUCGCGACGUGGUGGCCAAGUUAUCUGAGGACAAUAUCUGUGAUCUGAACGAUUUCCAGUGGAUCUCCCAGCUGCGUUACUACUGGGAUUCGAAGGAUGUGCAGGUGCAGAUGAUCACCACAGAAGCCUUGUAUGGCUAUGAGUACCUGGGGAACUCCCCCCGGCUGGUGAUUACACCCCUCACUGACCGCUGCUACAGGACACUGAUGGGGGCUUUGAAGCUGAACCUUGGGGGAGCUCCGGAGGGACCAGCUGGCACAGGCAAGACAGAAACCACCAAAGAUCUGGCCAAAGCUUUGGCCAAGCAGUGUGUGGUCUUCAACUGCUCAGAUGGUCUGGAUUACAAAGCCAUGGGGAAGUUCUUCAAGGGACUGGCCCAGGCUGGAGCAUGGGCCUGUUUCGAUGAGUUCAACAGGAUUGAGGUAGAAGUGCUGUCUGUGGUGGCUCAGCAGAUCCUCAGCAUUCAACAAGCCAUCAUUCGGAAGCUAAAGACAUUCAUCUUUGAAGGCACUGAGCUCUCUCUAAACCCGACCUGUGCUGUCUUCAUCACCAUGAACCCCGGGUAUGCUGGCAGGGCUGAGCUGCCAGAUAACCUCAAGGCCUUAUUCCGGACAGUAGCCAUGAUGGUGCCAGAUUAUGCCCUCAUUGGGGAAAUCUCCCUCUACUCCAUGGGGUUUCUGGACUCUAGAAGUCUUGCCCAGAAGAUUGUCGCGACCUACCGCCUGUGCUCAGAGCAGCUGUCCUCACAGCAUCACUAUGACUAUGGCAUGCGGGCGGUCAAGUCUGUGCUCACUGCCGCUGGCAACCUGAAGCUCAAGUAUCCUGAAGAGAAUGAAAGUGUCCUGUUGCUCCGGGCCUUGCUUGAUGUCAACCUGGCCAAGUUCUUGGCUCAAGAUGUCCCUCUGUUUCAGGGAAUUAUAUCAGACUUGUUUCCUGGAGUGGUUCUUCCAAAGCCAGACUAUGAAGUUUUUAUGGAAGUGCUGAAUGAGAAUAUCAAAAAGAUGAAACUCCAACCAGUGCCUUGGUUUAUUGGGAAAAUUAUCCAGAUCUACGAGAUGAUGCUGGUAAGACAUGGCUAUAUGAUUGUUGGAGACCCCAUGGGUGGCAAGACCUGUGCUUAUAAAGUGUUGGCUGCAGCUCUGGGUGAUUUAUACGAAGCCAAACAGAUGGAAGAAUUUGCUGUGGAGUACAGGAUCAUCAACCCCAAGGCCAUCACCAUGGGGCAGCUCUAUGGGUGCUUUGACCAAGUGAGCCAUGAAUGGACAGAUGGUAUCCUCGCCAAUGCUUUCCGGGAGCAAGCAUCUUCAAUGUCUGAUGAACGCAAGUGGAUUAUAUUUGAUGGGCCAGUAGAUGCUGUUUGGAUUGAAAAUAUGAACACAGUUCUGGAUGACAAUAAAAAGCUGUGUUUAAUGAGUGGAGAAAUUAUCCAGAUGAGCCCCAAGAUGAGUCUGAUCUUUGAGCCAGCAGACCUGGAGCAGGCCUCUCCGGCCACUGUGAGCAGGUGUGGGAUGAUCUACAUGGAGCCCCAUCAACUAGGCUGGAAACCCUUGAAGGACUCAUACAUGGACACCCUGCCCGCUAGCCUCACUGAGGAGCACAAGGAAUUGGUCAAUGACAUGUUCAUGUGGCUCCUCCAGCCCUGCCUGGAAUUUAUUCGCCUUCAGUGUAAAUUUGUGGUCCAAACAUCUCCCAUCCACCUUGCCUUCUCAAUGAUGAGACUGUAUUCCUCCCUGUUCGAUGAAAUCAAGGAAAUAGAUGAGGAGGAAAGUGAAUUACAUGAAGGCCUGACAAGCCAACAGAUCUUUCUCUGGCUGCAAGGGCUAUUCCUCUUUGCUUUGGUGUGGACCGUGGCUGGCACCAUCAAUGCGGAUAGCAGAAAGAAAUUUGAUCUGUUUUUCCGCAACCUGAUCAUGGGUAUGGAUGACAACAAUCCAAGGCCCAAAAGCGUCAAACUCACCAAAAACAACAUCUUUCCAGAAAGAGGAAGCAUCUAUGAUUUUUAUUUCCUCAAGCAAGGUAGUGGACAUUGGUACACAUGGACAGAAUAUAUCACCAAAGAGGAGGAAGAUAUCCCAGCUAAUGCAAAGGUCUCAGAACUCAUCAUCUCCACGGUGGAGACAGCCAGGCAGUCCUUCUUCUUGAAAACCUACGUGGACCAUGAAAUUCCAGUGCUGUUCGUGGGGCCCACAGGCACUGGCAAAUCAGUCAUUACCAACAAUUUCCUUCUCCACCUUCCCAAAAACACCUACCUGCCAAAUUUCAUCAAUUUCUCUGCCCGAACCUCAGCCAAUCAGACUCAGGAUAUCAUCAUGUCCAAGCUGGAUCGACGGCGGAAGGGCCUGUUUGGGCCUCCCAUAGGGAAGAAAGCAGUGGUAUUUGUGGAUGACCUCAACAUGCCAGCCAAAGAGGUGUAUGGGGCCCAGCCCCCCAUUGAGCUCUUGAGGCAGUGGAUUGACCAUGGUUACUGGUUUGACAAGAAGGACACAAACAGGCUGGACAUCGUGGAUGUGCUGCUUGUGACAGCUAUGGGGCCCCCCGGGGGAGGAAGGAAUGACAUUACUGGACGAUUCACUCGCCAUCUAAAUAUUCUUUCCAUCAACGCCUUUGAGGAUGACAUUUUAACCAAGAUUUUCAGUUCAAUUGCUGACUGGCACUUUGGGAAAGGAUUUGACGUGAUGUUCUUAAGGUAUGGAAAGAUGCUGGUACAAGCUACUAUGACAAUUUAUAAAGCUGCAGUUGAGAAUUUCUUGCCAACUCCCUCCAAGUCUCAUUACGUCUUUAACUUACGGGACUUUUCACGGGUUAUCCAAGGGGUACUGCUCUGCCCUCACACCCACCUGCAGGAUGUGGAAAAAUUUAUCCGACUUUGGAUCCAUGAGGUUUAUCGGGUCUUCUAUGACCGUCUGAUUGACCAUGAGGACAGACAGGUCUUCUUCAACAUGGUGAAGGAAACCACAUCCAGUUGCUUCAAGCAGACUAUGGAGAAGGUCCUCAUUCACCUGUCACCCACUGGAAAGAUUGUCGACGAUAAUAUCCGUAGCCUCUUCUUUGGAGAUUUCUUCAAGCCAGAAAGUGACCCAAAAAUCUAUGAUGAGAUCACUGACCUGAAACAGCUUACAGUGGUCAUGGAGUACUACCUGGAAGAGUUCAACAACAUCAGCAAGGCCCCAAUGUCUUUGGUCAUGUUCAGGUUUGCCAUUGAGCACAUUUCCAGGAUCUGCAGGGUCCUGAAGCAGGACAAAGGCCACUUGCUCCUGGUGGGCAUUGGGGGCAGCGGGCGGCAGAGUGCCAGCAAACUGUCCACAUUCAUGAACUCAUAUGAGCUGUACCAGAUUGAGAUCACCAAGAACUACUCAAGCCAUGACUGGCGGGAGGACCUGAAGAAGAUCAUGCUGCAGGUUGGAGUGGCCACCAAGAGUACUGUGUUCCUCUUUGCUGAUAACCAGAUCAAGGAUGAAUCAUUCAUCGAGGACAUCAACAUGCUUCUGAACACAGGGGACGUGCCCAACAUCUUCCCAGCUGACGAGAAGGCUGACCUUGUAGAGAAAAUGCAAAUGGCAGCCAGGACAGAAGGCGAGAAGAUCGAGGUCACUCCUCUUUCUAUGUAUAACUUCUUUAUUGACAGGGUGAAGAAGAACCUUCACAUUGUCCUUGCCAUGAGCCCAAUUGGGGAUGCCUUCCGGAACCGCCUGCGGAUGUUCCCUUCACUGAUCAAUUGCUGUACAAUUGAUUGGUUCCAGUCCUGGCCCACGGAUGCCCUGGAGUUGGUAGCCAACAAAUUUCUGGAAGAUGUGGAACUUGAUGACAAUAUUCGGAUAGAGGUCAUCUCCAUGUGCAAAUAUUUCCAGGAGAGUGUGAAGAACCUGUCGCUUGAUUAUUACAACACACUUCGCAGACACAACUACAUCACCCCCACCUCCUACCUCGAAUUGAUCCUAACCUUCAAGACACUCCUGAAUACCAAGAGGCAUGAGGUUGAUAUGAUGAGGAACCGUUACCUGACAGGUCUGCAGAAACUGGACUUUGCAUCUUCACAGGUGGCAGUAAUGCAAGUACAACUGACUGCUCUCCAGCCUCAACUCAUCCAGACGUCUGAGGAGACUGCCAGGAUGAUGGUGAAAAUUGAAGAGGAGACGAGAGAAGCUGAUGCCAAGAAACUUCUGGUGGAGGCGGAUGAAAAAGAAUCCAAUGCUGCUGCUGCCAUUGCUCAAGGAAUCAAGGAUGAAUGUGAGGGGGACCUGGCAGAGGCCAUGCCAGCGCUGGAGGCCGCGCUGUCUGCACUGGACACCCUGAACCCAGCAGACAUCUCGCUGGUGAAGUCCAUGCAGAACCCACCCGGCCCUGUCAAGCUGGUCAUGGAGAGCAUCUGCGUCAUGAAAGGGCUGAAACCAGAGAGGAAGCCAGACUCCAGCGGCAGUGGUAAAAUGAUAGAAGAUUACUGGGGAGUUUCAAGGAAGAUUCUUGGAGAUCUGAAAUUCUUGGAGAGUCUUAAGACAUAUGACAAAGACAACAUCCCUCCAGUGAUCAUGAAGCGGAUCCGGGAAAGAUUCAUUGAUCACCCAGAUUUCCAGCCAGCUGUCAUUAAAAAUGUGUCAUCUGCCUGUGAAGGUUUGUGCAAAUGGGUGAGGGCCAUGGAGGUGUACGAUCGUGUGGCCAAAGUUGUGGCUCCCAAACGGGAGCGGCUGAGGGAGGCCGAGGCGAAGCUAGAUACACAGAUGCAGAAACUGAACCAGAAGCGAGCAGAACUGAAGCUGGUGGAAGACCGCCUCCAGGCCCUGAACGAUGACUUUGAAGAGAUGAAUACCAAGAAAAAGACCUUGGAGGAAAACAUUGAAAUCUGCUCCCAAAAGCUGGUCAGGGCAGAAAAGCUGAUCGGUGGCCUUGGCGGAGAGAAGAACAGAUGGACAGAAGCCGCCCGGCAGCUGGAGAUCCGGUAUAUUGAUCUGACGGGGGAUGUGCUGUUGUCCUCAGGGACUGUGGCUUACCUGGGGGCCUUUACUGUGGAUUAUCGGGCAAGGUGCCAGAAGCAGUGGUUGGCCCAGUGUAAAGACAAGGUCAUCCCCGGCUCCAGUGACUUCAGUCUCAGCAACACGUUAGGAGAUCCUGUAAAAAUCCGUGCCUGGCAGAUCGCUGGGCUGCCCAUUGACUCUUUCUCCAUUGACAAUGGCAUCAUUGUGUCCAAUUCCAGACGCUGGGCCUUAAUGAUUGACCCUCAGGGGCAGGCCAAUAAGUGGGUCAAAAACAUGGAGAAAGCAAAUAAGCUGUCCAUCAUCAAAUUCUCAGAUGCCACCUAUGUGAGGACACUGGAAAAUGCUCUGCAGCUUGGCACUCCUGUCCUACUAGAAAAUGUUGGAGAAGAGCUGGACGCCUUUAUUGAGCCCAUCUUGCUCAAGUCCACAUUCAGGCAGCAAGGGGUUGAGUACAUGAGGCUGGGUGAAAACAUCAUUGAAUACUCCAGGGAUUUUAAGUUAUACAUCACAACCCGUUUGAGGAACCCACAUUACCUCCCUGAAGUUGCCGUGAAAGUCUGCCUCCUCAACUUCAUGAUCACACCCUUAGGUCUCCAAGAUCAACUCCUUGGCAUCGUGGCUGCCAAGGAGAAGCCAGAACUGGAAGAGAAGAAGAAUGAGUUGAUUGUGGAAAGUGCCAAGAACAAGAAGCAGCUAAAAGAAAUUGAAGAUAAGAUCUUGGAGGUCCUCUCCCUGUCUGAGGGCAACAUCCUCGAGGACGAGACUGCCAUCAAAGUUUUGUCCUCCUCCAAAAUGCUGUCCGAAGAGAUCUCUGAGAAACAGGAAAUUGCUUCAGUAACAGAAACACAGAUCGAUGAGACUCGGAUGGGCUACAAGCCAGUGGCUGUCCACUCUGCCACCAUCUUCUUCUGUAUCUCCGACCUGGCCAACAUCGAGCCCAUGUACCAGUACUCCCUGACAUGGUUCAUAAACCUCUAUGUGCAUUCCCUAGCCCACAGCAGUAAAAGCGAAGAACUGGACCUUCGCAUUGAGUACAUCAUUGAACAUUUUACCCUCAGCAUCUACAACAAUGUCUGCCGCUCUCUGUUUGAGAAGGACAAGCUACUUUUCUCCCUCCUCCUGACCAUCAGCAUCAUGAAAGAGAAAAAGCAAAUUAAUGAGGAGGUUUGGUAUUUCCUUCUAACUGGAGGUGUCGCCCUGGACAACCCCUUCCCCAACCCAGCUCCUGAAUGGCUGUCUGAGAAGGCAUGGGCAGAAGUGGUCCGUGCCUCGGCAUUGCCAAAAAUGAAGGGCCUCAAGGAACAUUUAGAACAAAAUGCCGAGGAGUGGAAGCUCAUCUAUGACUCCACUUGGUCCCAUGAGGAGAAUUUCCCUGGAUCUUGGAACUUCCUUAAGGGAUUGGAGAGGAUGGUGGUCCUACGAUGUUUGCGGCCUGACAAAAUCAUUCCAGCUAUUCGGGAGUUCAUUGCUGAACACAUGGGCGAUGUGUACAUCGAAGCCCCUACAUUUGAUCUCCAAGGGUCCUACAAUGAUUCCAGUUGUUGUGUACCGUUGAUUUUCGUGUUGUCUCCAGGUGCAGACCCAAUGGCAGGCCUGCUGAAGUUUGCCGACGAUCUUGGCAUGGGAGGUGCCAGAACACAGACCAUCUCCCUUGGCCAAGGCCAAGGCUCCAUUGCUGCCAAAAUGAUCAACACUGCCAUUAUAGAUGGGACCUGGGUGGUGUUACAGAACUGCCACCUGGCCACGAGCUGGAUGCCCAUGCUGGAGAAGAUCUGCGAGGAGGUGAUUGUUCCUGAAAGCACUAACAUAAGAUUCAGGUGA